UGUCUUUUACGUACGUACGACCGUAUUGCCAAUAUGGUAGAUCUUGUUAUCGCGAGUAAUACCCUGAAACAUGUGCUUUCAACGUCCAAACAAUCGACUGUUUGUAAUCAUCAUUUAGUUUGACCUCUUCAAUCCAUCGCAAUGAUUGGUUAGCAUAUUUGAAACUAUCGUCAGUUUAAUUUUUUUUCUGUUUUUGCUCACCGGUAAUCCGAUCCAUUGACCAUCAUAAGAAUUCAGUGUUUGCAAUAAUAACAAUAAUAAUAAAAAUAAUACGGUGUACGGUUUACGCAUGUGUUGGGUUGUGUACGGGAACCAUCCAUUAUCAUCAGUUACCGGGUAAUUAACUAAACUAGUUGCGCGUUUUCUGACGAACGCGUGUGAGUGCUGGUACUCCACCAGGAAGAUUCAUUCGAGACAUCAGUAGUUUUCCUAUCAAAACAGUCGGCAGCCUCGAUCCUGAUUAGUUUAGCUGAUUAGGAAAGGAUUGAUAAGGUCGCUCGGUAGGGAUCUUUCCGUACGUCAAAUAAACAACAGCAUGGAUCUUCCUUUAUCGGCGACGUCUUCGGCGUCAUCAAAUUCGCUAUCGCAGUUACAGCAAGGCAAUCGGGAACAGCAUACAAAUAGUACACAAGCACUCGAAUUACUCAGCACGGAAGCGUUCAAAACGCCACGAAUUACACACAGUGCUGCCUCUGGUGGAGAGUGCAGCAAGUAUACACUGAAGGGUAAGCGACUGGGUCGCGGCGUCGUUCAAUCUGGGUUGACACAUGAGUGUGGAGUAUUUGGAGCGAUUGGAACGGGCGAAUGGCCUACGCACUUAGACAUACCGCAAGUUAUCUGCCUGGGGUUGGUUGCGUUGCAGCACCGAGGACAGGAAUCCGCCGGAAUCGUAACCAGCGAAGGCAUCUGUGCGAGGAAUUUCAGCGUCCACAAGGGGAUGGGCAUGAUCAAUAACAUAUUCACGGAUGAUUCGAUGAAAAAGCUCAAGGGUAAUUUGGGUAUCGGACAUACGAGGUACUCGACUUCAGCCGCUAGCGAGGAAGUAAACUGUCAACCUUUUGUGGUACAUACGGCUCAUGGAGCACUGGCCGUAGCACACAACGGAGAACUUACUAAUUGCGAAAGUUUACGAAGAGAUGUGCUAUCGCGAGGUGUUGGCCUAUCUACGCACAGCGAUUCGGAACUAAUUACUCAAGCUUUGUGCCUAAAUCCACCGGAUGGAGAAGACAACGGACCGGACUGGCCCGCCCGCAUCAAACACCUGAUGAAAUUGGCUCCCCUUUCGUACUCGUUGGUCAUUAUGUUAAAAGAUAAAAUCUAUGGAGUUAGGGAUCCGUACGGAAAUAGGCCGUUGUGCAUUGGAAAGAUUGUUCCAUUGGCAGCUGGCUCAUACAGGACUGAAAAAGUAGAGAAGCUACCAGCGGAAGGCUGGGUUAUUUCUAGCGAGAGCUGUGGUUUUCUGUCGAUAGGUGCCCGAUAUGUUCGGGAAGUAGAACCCGGAGAGAUUGUCGAACUGACUCGGGACGGAAUCAAGACAAUCGAUGUCGUUGAGUGUCCGGACAACCGACGGCAUGCCUUCUGUAUUUUUGAGUACGUUUACUUUGCUCGAUCGGAUUCCAUCUUUGAAGGUCAAAUGGUUUACUCUGUGCGGCUGCAGUGCGGCAGACAGUUGGCUCGUGAAUCAUUCGUAGAUGCGGAUAUUGUUAGUUCGGUCCCGGAAUCGGGAACGGCAGCUGCCCAUGGCUAUGCCCGAGAGACUGGACUGCACUUUGCUGAGGUACUGUGCAAGAAUCGUUACGUCGGACGAACUUUCAUCCAGCCGUCGACCCGUCUCCGUCAGCUUGGUGUUGCGAAAAAGUUCGGUGCCCUAUCGGAAAACGUUGCCGGAAAAAGGUUGAUCCUGAUCGAUGAUUCGAUUGUACGUGGAAACACCAUUGGGCCGAUUAUCAAGCUACUUCGAGAUGCUGGAGCCGUCGAAGUGCACAUUCGUAUCGCAAGUCCUCCGCUACUUUAUCCUUGCUACAUGGGUAUAAACAUUCCAACACGGGAGGAGCUGAUUGGGAACAAACUAAGCCCGGAAGAUCUGGCGAAGUAUGUGGGAGCCGACAGUUUGGCAUAUCUCAGUGUCGAAGGGCUACAGAAAGCAGUCCAACUGAAUGUAGUCAAAAGCGAUCCGGAGAAAGUAGGCCACUGUACGGCGUGUCUGACCGGGGACUACCCUGGCGGCUUACCGGAGGAUAUGGAGUGGUAAGAUAAUUUAUUGUUGGAAGGUUUACUGUACCUUUCACUGUUUCAUCCUAGAAUUACGACGUAUAUCAGAUAAAAUAAAGUUUACGAGAGCA